GUCCGAGAACUGCUUGCUACAGCCCCGGCAUACCUCCUGCAUGUGGAUGGCCCAAGGAGGCCAUGGAAUUCAGGUGGGCCCUGGAGUUCCAGUGAGCAGAUCUCCUGCCUUCAGAGACCAAGAAGCUUUGGAAGACUGCGGCUCGCUGAUUGCACUGCACCCACUGUGCGGCCCGAGCUUCUCAUCGACUUGACCUUUCUUUUGCCACCGGGCCUCUUCUCUGAGGCUGGAAAGAUCCGUUUGCACUUCUUCGGAAGUCGGUCCUUUGCACGGUGGCUACUUUCACCGAUGGUUCUCCCAAAGCAGGAGGAGAUGCUGUUCAGCCUCCUGGAGGACCUGCCCAGCCAGCAGGCCCUCAGCGCAGUGCUCUCGACCGUCUGGGAUCGUUUAGCCGACAUGUCGGCUCCUCCGGAGCCUCAGCGCUUGGCUUACUGGCAGCGGCCCCUUCAUCAG